AUGCGGACGAGAACCCCACCACCCGUCAAGCCAAAGCCACAACAUCGCAUUGAGCUGCCUUCGACGAUGAACAUGGAAGGCGCAAACGACUUGAACUUCUUCACCACUCAGCAACAGGGGCCAGUGAAAUCACCACCAGUCAAACAAAAGCCGGUACAAUUGGCAGCAAUUCGAACCUCGACUCCCCCACCAAAGCCGCCUCCACAGCGGGGUCCUCGACAAACACGGCCACAAUCGCAUGAUAUGCCUCGCCAGAUGUCCAUGCACAGACGAUUGUCGACGUCGCUCGAAUCACAAAAUGUACCAUCAUCCCCUUCAUCAUUCAAGUCAGCAAAGGAGGAGCAAGAAACGGAAGAGAAACCAAAGCCAGCGUUACCGCCUCCACGACGAUCCACAACCCGCGCCGCAACAUCUGUACCUGCGCACGCCAAGUCUCAGCUGACGGAACCUAUCCCUAUCAAGCCCCGCAACCAGAGUCAGAACCCAUCCUCCAUGCGUCCACCCGAUCGAUUCUCUCCCACGCGCCGCCCAGUAUCUGCCAUGGGAGGCUCAUCGUCUCCUUCGGUAUACCACAACAACUACCAGCGCGAAUCUGUCAAGGAGAUCACGAAGCACAUGACAGGCGAGUCCCUCUCGAACGCAAUCAUGGGCGCAGCACUAGCUGCAACAUCUCGCAACGUCUCGCCUGCGCCCCGAUCCAUGUCUAUCGAACCUCUCUUUCCACCCCCAAAAAAGCACCAUCAUCACCCUUUCCAUCGGUCCCCAUCACCCCAAAAACAAUCACCCCCAAAGUCUGCGGGCAAGUUACGCACAACAAUGCGGAAGGAGCCUUCCUCUUCGGAGGAUACAGACGAGGCUGAAAAGUAUAAGAAAAAGGGGACACGCAUCAUGGGUAUCAAAGCCCGGAAACACCCCAACAAACAUCAUGAAGCCACUCGAAAGCGCUGGCGUGAUCAAAUCACCGAGCGAGAGAGAAAGCGGUACGAGGGCGUUUGGGCAGCGAACAAAGGAUUAUAUCUUCCUGCUGCCCAGGAGCAUCCGCCACCAGAAGAUGACCCCUCGCUUGAUGUACUCAACCUGAUAGUGCGGGAGAUCUGGGCAAGAAGUCGCCUACCUACAGAUGUUUUAGAGGAGGUCUGGAAUCUUGUGGAUGGAAGAGGCAUAGGAAGACUGACGAGGCUUGAGUUUGUGGUAGGGUUGUGGCUUAUUGAUCAAAGGCUCAAGGGGAGGAAGUUGCCUGUCAAGAUUAGCGACAGUGUGUGGCAGAGCGCCAGGGGAAUUGGGCUCAAAGUGAAGAAUCCAAGGUAG